GUCCAGUCUACUAUUGAAAUACCCAUUUUGUUGGAAUAUUCUGUCCUGUGUUGUCAACUUGAACUAAACUGCAAUACUCUUCUCCAAGUGUUUGGUAACCUUAAUAAAAGAUAUUGAGUAAUUAAGCUUUGUUUGGUUGCAACUGUCAUGGUAAAUACUAUGGUAAAUAUUGGUAAGUACCAGAGAUUCCAUUCCAUAUAAAUUGUGAAUUGAACAUAUUAGAUGAACAUAUUAUUUUGAGGUCAAAAGUCAAUACCUGAUAAUGUAGUUAUGCCAAAGUAAAUUAUAUCUGCAAACAGUCCAAUUUCUUCUUUCCAUUUGAUCCAAGACUGUGUUUCUGUUGUUACAAAGACAGCAGUCAAGGUAGAUCUCGUUUUAUCUUGCAGUUAUUUUCAGUAUGAGGUAUGUUGCCAUUUGAUGGCACAGUCAGUGAAUCACUGAAUUUGUUCUUCACCUGUAACUAGGGUUGACAAGGGUUUCAUUUCUGGAGUAUGCACAUGUCUGAUCAUAAUUUCAUCAUAUACUAAGUAUUGGACAAGAUAAACCACACCACUGUUUUAUUUUUUAGUGAUUCACCCAUAAAUGUCAUUAUUUUUUGAAACAGUUAUAUAAUUAAUAUAAGAUAAAGCACAUUAGUAGCAGGAAUCUGCAGAAACCUUCAUCUUUCUAAAGUUGUAGAAGCAUGCACUGGCCUUUUUAUAGAGAGAUACAAGCAGAUCAGAUAUCACAUUUUUUGGAGUAUUUAGUAUUUACUGCUCAUACAGUAUAACGCACUAUGAUUUUGCUACAUAAAAACCAUGACAAAAAUAUAUAUUUUGCAAUUGAAAUACGUGGCCUACCAGUUACGUCUCUAAAGAAUUCACCCAUAGAAUUUCUAAAGAAUGAUUUGUAUUCAUCAUCUUUUUGACUGGCCUCAAUGAUCUCAGAAUGUCCAGCUUUAAAAGGCAUUUUCAAUCAUUCAUCACUUUUGUUAGUUUGUAGCUGGUGAGUGGUGACGUUCUUUAUAAAUUGUUACAUUUUGAUGUACUUGGACUUUGGACCGUCCAUAUUCCGCCCCCCCCUGCCCCAAGCAUUAAAUUUGUUUUAUUUGCAAAGCGUCUGGCUCCUCAUUGGCUAAAAAGUCCGGAUUCUGAUUGGCCAGUAUGAUAUCAAAAAUUGUGUAUAUGCUCAUAGUCAGGGGGGUACUGUUGAAUUUAUUCUUCCAAGAUGGCGCCCGAAACACGAAGCGAAGAAAUAUUGGGUCGCAAAUGGGAUCGAUGUUUGGCUGACACUACGAUAAAAAUAGGUCGAAAACUAGUCUUUUUAUUAUCUGUGUUUUAUACAUCAAAUUUUAACAUGGCUUUCGUAUUUUUGUAGGUACUGGAGCAAUUGUUGGAGCUGUUUUUUCACUUAUAUUUUUUAAAAGUUAGUAAAUAGCACUAAUUUAUAUAUUAAUGACAAUAUUACAACAUCAUAUUGUGCAUGUUUAACCACUAUUUGCUCAUGUCUCUUGUUUACUAAUUAAACUGCAAUGGUUGUGAAAACUUCACCACUUUGAUAGAAACAUUCCUAAGGUUGUGAAAACAAUGAAAAGUAGGGCAUGCUCCCCCCUGGGAACAAUUUCCUUCAGAUGAAUGCAUAGAUCGGAGCAACUCUACUUACAAAAUCUAGAACAUUUCAAACAUGGCAAGAUAUAGAAUAUACAUUCCAGGAAAUUAAAAAUAUAUAAUACACAUAUACACACGCUUUGUACUAGUCAGACAUUUUCCAAGUGUGAGGUUGGCUAUGUCACUUUCAAAAUUAAUUACCUUUUACAUUUUUUCGAGCAUUAUUUCAAUUUCAUAGGGAAAUCCUGGCCAGUAACUCUUGGUACCGGCAUUGGUUUAGGAAUGGGAUAUGCCAACUGUCAACAUACUUUCUACUCACAAUUUCCUCCACAUCAUCGUAGAUGUGGCCCUCCUUGGUGGCAAGUGGUAAUUUUUUACAUUUAAUAACAAUAUAAAUAUCAUAUACAGUAAAUACCUUGCAGGAUUUUAUGUUGACAAUGGAAAACAAUGCAUUUGUUUUGCAUUGAUUUGUUUUAAUUAACCCACUGAGUGGCAGCACUCUUCACUUGAUGAGUAAAAUUAAAUUGUCUGGCGUUAGACAGAGUAAAAUACUAAAGUAGGGCGCAUCAGGAUACAUUGCCACUUACAAGGUUAAACAAAUCAAUGAACAUGGUAUUUGAAUGGCAAAUAUUUGACUUUGAUAGGAUCCAGAAAUGAGAGAAAAGUGGAAGAAACAUUGGGAGGAAAGAUGGAAAUCUACUAAACCAAAAGAAGUAGAUGUGAAAAAAGAAAUAAAGAAAGAAAAUGAAUAGUUUCAACAUGAAGUUAAGUGAAAGUUUAUGUAUUUAUCAGACAUUGAACCAUGCUGUUUUCAAAUGGAAACAUGACAACUUCAAUCUUGUUUAUGUAUGAACAACACUGGUAUAUCAAUAAAUAUUGUUCGCCAGUUUUUCUUGGCAAAGUCAAGCAUACUGCAAAAAAACUGGGUUGUGUCUUUGUCAUUUUUGGUUAGUGUUUAUAUGUUCUGUGCCCAUGGUCAGACCUUGAUGGAGGCUUCCUUCAAUAAAUAUUCCUAUUAAAUUUCAAUUGAUGUAAGAACAAUAUUGAUACUAUGCAUUGAUCAUCUCAGCUUUGUUUUCCAAUUUACUUGGCGAAAAACAACACAUAUUUCAAUUUGAAGAAGUUUUCUUUUUUAUCAAAACCUACAGUAUUUACAUAUUAAAUUUAUCUUUAUAAAAAUACAUUUACACAUUUACUGUAGGUCCUCUGUUCACACAGGCUAGACGAAUUUGGAACCAUACUCAAAUUGGCACGAUUUCGGAUCAGUUCUUCUUGUUGGACAAGUGAAACCUGACAAAUUUGAAUACAGUUUUCAACUUUGUCUGGUCCUGUGUGAACAUAGUCUUAGUAUGAGCUCAAACAUUUCCUUACAAGCAUUUGCUUUAGCCACAGUUUGUGCAGAAUGCCAACUAAACACUCAUUAAAUAUUAAGUGCCACCAUUGCCUUGAGAACUUGUAUUAAAUCCUCUAUUUCAUCUGACCCAAACUUGGUACCAUAUUAAAAUAUAAAUGUGAAAUGUGUCUAACAAAACUAAAUAUGUACAGUUCUUUGUGCAUAUAUAUAAUGACCUGUUUUAACAUGUUAGUUAUUGCUUCACAAUGUUCAAGUGAACAAGUUCAUGACUUUCUAGACAUUUGUAUGUCUGUCUGGAUCAUACUUUCUUUGUAAUCUUUCAGGGUUUAGUGAUGCAAUGUUUGAAAAAUCUCUUACAACAUCAGUAAACGUGUUAUCUCCUGGAGACAGAAAAGAGAUAACUCUUCUUACAUUGUUGGAUCU